AUGUCUCCAGAAUGCCCCACGCUGGUUGAAGCGUCCGAGACUCCGCUCUCCAUGGAAACCGAUACAGUCGUUGUCGGCAAUGGGCCGUCGGCUAUGAUCCUUUCCUACAUCCUCCAUGGUCAUCUCCCCUUCUACUUCCGGGACCCUCCACACCCAGAUCAUUUGCUAGAUGCCAAGUUAAAAGAUGCGCCCGAUUUGUUAAACGCCGACGUGGAAGCGUUGACGGCGCAUUUCGCCGCCUCUCGUCUGUCGUAUUCGACCCAGGCUUUACCCGUCAACGUUCUGCUGGACACUCUCGUACGACCCAGUGUCGACAUCGAUGAGACCGACACCGCGUCCAAUGUUGAGUGGCGCCGUGUACCUGAAAAGGCCCUCCCGCACCUCGUUUUUGGGAAGCCGUCAUAUCCGGGGGGUCAAUGGACCGAAGAUCCCCACGGGGCCAGCUGGGAUAUCCAAACUCUGAGCUAUGCGGCGAUGCUGUCGCUCCCCGGCUACUCUUUUGCAGACCACCAUAAGAAGACCACCGGUCAGGAACUACCGACGUUCACGCGGCCGACGAGGCGCGAGAUCGCCGGCUACUUCCGUGCAUACCCCACGGCGGUCCACAUCGACGAUGUCUUCCGAUGUGGGGAAGAGCUGGAAGGCAUCACCCGCACAACCGAAGGGUUCUACAUUCGGUCCCACAACAUUCGUUGUAAGCGUUUGGUGCUAGCGAGUGGCAUUUUCUCGGAAUUGCUGCCGCCUGCGCCAAUCCUGCGGCCGUUGCUUCAAACCCGAUCUACGCCGGAAACUCCACUCCUCGUCAUCGGGUCUGGUUUCUCCGCCGCGGAUGCAAUUAUAUCUGCCUCACCUGACCAAAACAUAUUGCAUAUUUUCAGAUGGUCUCCCGAGGAUCGCCCCUCGCCGCUCCGGAGCUGUCACCAACGGGCAUACCCGGAAUAUGCCGGUGUGUAUCGAUUAAUGAAGCGAGCCGCCCUUGCCGCAAACACGACAUCCAAGAAUCAGCGGCCCAAAAACCGCCGCGGCACUUCCACCUCGUUUUUGGAAAGCCGAAAUUGGGACGACUUAUACGAAGGCGUGUGCAAUGUUGAGAUCACCGACGUGGAAGUGGAAAAUGGCUUGGCUCGAGUCAACUUUCACCGUGCGGACGGUUCCACGUUCACCCGGUCUGUGCGGGGUCUCGUAUACGCUGCUGGCCGCCGGGGUUCCUUGGACUAUUUGGAUUCCAAGCUACGAUCCGAAGUCCUAGGCCAUGAAUCGGACGAUUCGACUGUAUCGGGCCAGACUCUUCGCGUGAAAGCGACUGAAGAUCUGCAAGUUGCUCCCGGUGUUUAUAUCAUCGGAAGUCUGACCGGUGACUCGCUGGUCCGCUUUGCCUACGGUGGAUGUGUCUCUACUGCUGGUCAUUUACUUUGUGAUCGAGAUGCCGACAGGGAAAUACGUAGCAUGGCAAGCAGUGUCGUGUCAACUCGCCCUCCAUCUUCCUCCCUCGCUGUGAUGAAUGGAAUGGACGGCCAUCAUAUCUAUCCCAACACCGGGUCUGAUCUGACAAGAGAGGAUACGUUCAGCAAGGUUCUGACGGCGACAUCAUCCACAACUGCGAAGAGCUGGUGGAAAACACUGGCGCAGAUGUGGAAGGAGCUAACACAAUAG